CCGCCAAGCUCAGCGACGCGGAGCUCAGCCAAUCACGGACCACUCUGUUGAAGCAGGGCUCUAUCGGCAGUCUGCGAUCGUUUAGCCGUCCUGAAGAAGCUAGGGAAAUGAAAGCUAACACGUGGGCAUAGCAAAAUUGUGUGUUUUGCUUUUAGUUCAGGGUGGUCAAGUGCCUUUUUUAAAAUCGUGCCUUGUCAACGGCGACUCCGUGUAAUUCCCCGAAGGCGACAAAUACCUCUGCGGCGACCGGUGAGCUGGUUUAUCUGCCGUACUAUGGCGGACAACGGAGACGAUGAUGCUCAGUACAGAAUUAAAGGAGGCGACUACGUUGUGUUGAAACGAGGAGAUAUCUUCAAAGCUGUGCAGAUCCAGCCGAAGAAGAAGGUGAUUUUUGAGAAGCAGUGGUUCUUCCUGGACAAUGCAGUGGACCACCUGUACAGCACCACAUUUGAGAUCGUGUCUGGCGGAGUCCUGCAGCCAAAGAAGCUCAAGGAUGCAGAGAGCUCCACUGAUACAAAGGAGGCGGGCACAGACAACAGAAACAUUGUAGAUGACGGAAAAUCACAGAAACUGACCAGGGAUGACAUUGAGACACUCAAAGAGCAAGGUCUGAAGGGUCAGGAAAUCAUUCAGCAGCUCAUAGAUAACAGCUCAACGUUCAAAGAUAAGACUGAAUAUGCCCAGGAUAAGUACAUCAAGAAGAAAAAGAAGAAGUAUGAAAAUACUGUGACAAUUCUAAAGCCGUCCUGUCGCAUCCUGGCUAUGAUGUACCAUGGCCGGGAACCAGGGAAGAUAUGCCACCUGCGGUAUGACACACUUGCCCAGAUGCUGACUCUGGCAAACAUUCACGCUGGCAGUAAAGUUUUGGUGUUUGAGACUUGUGCUGGCCUUGUGCUAGGAGCCGUCAUGGAAAGAAUGGGUGGCUACGGCUCAGUGAUCCAAAUGUACCCAGGAGGUGGGCCUGUUCGGGCGGGUGUGGAGAGCUUUGGCUUCCCUGCACAUUUUCACGAUAUGCUGCAUGAGUUUCCCAUCUGCCAUGUCAAUGCUCUGCUGGCAGGCACUCUGGACACCACUGCCAAAGAGCCCAGUGCUGACUCAAAGCAGUCCAACGUGGCUGAGGAGAAGGAGAAGCAAAACCAGCCUGAGGCAGAACAGCAGGGGAGUCCAGAGGAACAGAACAUGGAGACAAAUAGUGGCGCUGAUGACCUAGAGAAAGAACAGAAGGAGAAACGGAAAGAAGCCAAAGCUCAGGAAAAAAAGGUAAAGCUGGAGGAGAAACGGAAGAAGCUGGCAGCCGCUGCAGCCCUGCUGGAAGGCAGGAAUGCCGACGGGUUGGUUAUAGCGAGUCGCUUUCACCCGUGUCCAGUCCUCAUGGGCCUGCUCAAAUUCCUCGCCCCCUCCAGGCCUUUUGUAGUCUACUCCCAGUACAAAGAGCCUCUUAUCGAGUGCUACACAAAACUCAAGGAACAGGGCGGUACAAUCAGCCUCCGACUCACAGACACCUGGCUCAGGCAUUACCAGGUGUUGCCUAACAGGACACAUCCUUUGCUACUGAUGAGCGGGGGCGGGGGCUACGUCCUCUCAGGAACAACAGUUGCCAUGGACCGCUCCAAAUCUGCAGGCUCCCAGCGAGCUGAGGAACCAGCACCAAAGAGACUGAAACUGACAGACACUGAAGGAUAAACGACUACAGAACCAUCAAAUCGUUUAAGGGCACAUGAAUAACGGCUUAUAGGGCAUUUUUUUCCUCCAGCAUUUCACUUCACUUUCUGCUGAUCUGAUUUGACACAUAUGGACUAAGGGGGAUGCAGUGUCUGGUUUGCAUUCAUCAGAAAACUUUCCUUCCAUCUUGUGUAUUCAAAUCAGUGCAGAUGAAGGCGUAAAGCUGAGGAGUAAACUGUAAGCCAGUCUAGGCUGUGUGAGCUCAGUGAAUGUGUUACGUAAGGAACUGCUGAAAUAAUAUUUUGUGUGUUGAGAGCAAGUGACAAGUUAGCGUCCUGGAGACCAGGUGUUAGACUUUUUUUUUUUCCCCCCUCCACUUAAUGCUCUCCAGCUUCUAGGUUAUAACUUUUUUUUAUUUUGUUAUCCCUGCAGAAAGUGCCAUUUAUAUAUGAUGUAGUUGCUAAUGCAGCUUCACUGUGGGGUACGUCUGUAUCUGCACAGAAUUAAAAAGCAGUA